AUGGAUUUUUCAUUGUGCGCGCUUUGGCUCCCGUUCGGCGCUAUGACUGUUAUCCCAGUGAAAGUAGCAGUGCGGUGUCGACCGCUUGUGCAGAAAGAGGAAGAUGAUGGAAAUCUUGUUUGUGUGCAUUUUCCAAGUAAUGCACCAAUGAUUGUAGUUGGUAAAAAGCCAUUUACCUUUAACUAUGUCUUUCCACCAGAAGUUGGCCAGGAAGCUGUUUAUGAAGAAACAGUCAAUCCUUUAGUUGGUAAUAUUAUUAAAGGUUACAAUGCUACAGUUCUUGCUUAUGGCCAGACUGGAAGCGGAAAGACUUACACAAUGGGUGGUGCAUACAGUGGUGUUGAUAUCGAUACAGUAACCGGAAUUAUUCCUAGAAUUCUUAGUGAUCUCUUUGUUUCUUUUGCUGAGAAGGACACCCAUGAAUUCAAUGUUUCAGUUUCCUACCUUGAGAUUUACAAUGAAGAAGUUCGUGACUUACUGAACAUGAAUAACAAAGAUCCUUUGAAUGUCAGAGAAGAUGCAAGUGGAAUUAAGAUUCCAGGCCUGAAGGAAAUACCAGUAACUGACUAUAAUUCUACUAUGAAAUGCCUUGAAACUGGUGUCAUGACUAGAACAGUAGGUGCUACUGCGAUGAACUUGGUGUCUAGUCGCUCCCAUGCCAUUUUCACUCUUUAUGUUGACAUCACAAAUAAAAAUGAUGAAAAUGAGUGUUACAAGUCCAAGUUACAUUUGGUUGACCUUGCUGGAUCAGAACGAAUAAAGAAAACUCUUGCUGAAGGCAGUAGAUUGAAAGAAGGCAUUAACAUCAACAAAGGUCUUCUCUGCCUUGGGAAUGUAAUCAGUGCACUUGGUGAAGACAGCAAGCACAUACCUUAUAGAGAUUCAAAGUUAACUCGUUUACUCCAAGAUUCUUUGGGAGGAAACAGUUAUACACUGAUGAUAGCUUGUAUUAGUCCUGCUGACUCUAAUAUGGAGGAGACUUUGAACACUCUUCGAUAUGCAGAUAGAGCCAGCAAAAUAAAAAAUAAGCCUCUUGUUAAUCAUGAUCCUAAAGUGGCUGAAAUUAUCAAUUUGAAAAAUCAGGUUACACAGCUGCAGAUGGAUUUACUGAGUGUAACUGGUGGAAAAACUGAAACAGCUUACAAGGAAUUGAAAGAACGCGCUGAAGAACUUGAGAGACAAAAUAAUGAUCUAACUAAGGAACUACAUGUAUCGCUGGAGCGCAACACCCAACAAUGGGAGCAAAUAAUGCAAUUAGAAUCUUGUUGUGAAAAACAAAAGUCUCACUUGGAAUCCCUUUUGGAACUCUGUGGGAAAUUGACUGAGAAAGAGAAUGAAGAGGUGGCUCCUCUCAAAGAAAACUAUGACAGUAUAAAAAAUGCUAUUGAAUGUCAUACACUUGCUAAACCAGUGUUUGAAGAAUCUUCUAUAGAGGAGCCUCUUGAACAUUCAGGCUUGGAAACAACAACACCAGAUUCACAGCAGUUGAAUGUGCAGCACACCUUAAAACAAGCUGCCAUGACCCGAGAACUUGAUGAAAUUAAUUGUAUCUUGGCCAAAAAAGAACAAUUGGCUAAACAGAUAGCUCAAACAAAUCUGGAAGAACUAAGAUCCCAGUAUGAGGCAGAUAAAAAAGAACUAGAGAUGAAAAUAGCCAGUCUACUUGAAGAGAGAGAAAGCCUCCAAUCUGCUCUGACAACAGUAAAAUCUUCUAAAGUUGAAAAAGUUAGUGAAAAACGUAGACAAAAACUGAAAGAACUGGAACAAAAAGUGGCUCAGCUGAAGAAAGAAAUGAUGGAUAAGGAAAGAACUCUGAAAUCAAAAGAAAACUCAGAAAAACAAGUUACAAACUUGAAUGUUGAGAUUCAGAACUUGAAAUCCCAGAGAGUGAAAUUAAUGAAACGAAUGAAAGAAGAAACUGAUUCCUUUCGCAAGUGGAAACUAAAGAAAGACCACGAGGUUAAUAGUUUACUGCAAAAGGACAGGAAACGUCAAUUUGAAAUAGAAAAACUGAAAAGGAGCCAUGAAAAGCAACAAGCUAUUUUAAAGAGAAAGUCUGAGGAGGCCUGCGCUGCUAAUAAACGACUGAAGGAGGCCAUGAACAAACAAAAAGCUGUGAGAAGUGAGCGCCAGCACCAACUUGAUAAUUAUGGGGCAAGCAAAAAUGCCCAGUCAUUGAAGGUAAUGGUAGAAAGAGAAAUUGAUGUCAAGGCUAGUCUGCAAGAAACUAAACAUUAUCUGAAAACUUUGAUAGAACAGAGAAUUCUUCUAAAUUCACAAGUCAACGAGCUUAGUGAGCGAUUGAAAGGACCUCCUAAAAAGAGAAAAGCUAUUGGCUCUAGUCCAAGUGCUAGUAACAGUUUCAACAUUACUGAAAUUGGGGAACAAAUAAAGCAGUUAAAAGAAGAUAUCAAAAUAAGAAAUAUUCAAAUCACAGAAAUGCAAUAUAAGAUCCAAGAUGCAGAACAUGAUAAAAGCAAAUCUUGCUGGGAAAUACUCCAUUCAAUGAAUGAAGCCAAAGUUGUUAUGAAGUCUCUAUUUGAAAAGACUGUAACUGAAAAGGCAAGGGGUUUGAUUAUGUCAGGAGAAAUGAAAGAAUUACAACAAGGAAAAGAUGAUGCUGAAAAGAGCUUAAAGAGAAAGUUCACAGAAGUUGAGAAUAUAGCAAAAGUAUUUCAAAAUGAGAAAACUGAGAUUGAGCGAAAAUAUGAAAACAGGAUUUUGCGCAUAUUGAAAAAAUUCAGAAGUCUUACAAAUGAAGACCUAAAUGUAACCAUUGAUGAAGGCACAAGAUCAAGGGUUGAAGAACAGGAGAGCUAUGAGCAAAUCAUUAAGACUUUGGAGAAGAAAAUUUCAGCACAAGAACAAGAAAUAAAUAAUUUGAGAAGAGAGGUCUAUGAUGGUGUGGAUACUCCUGAGCUGUUUGACACAGAUUCCAGUGAUGACGAUUCUGACUGGGUUACGCCUUAUGUUAAAAAGGCCAGAAAAAUACUAGAUCCGAAAUGUUGCUGUCUGAAGACUCAUUGUCAAGUAGGUAGAUGUGGCUGUAUUAGAAAUAAAAGACUAUGCAGCUCGAUUUGCCACUGUGAGGGGAAAUGUAGUAAUGGGGUGAAUUCUCCUUCUGAAAGUAGUUCUGAAAGUAUUCCUGAAGACGAGAGUGUCUCUACACCAAAACGUGAUGUCACAAGUUCAACUUCAAAAUCCUUAUUUCAACCAAUUGAAUGA